CGGCGCUUUACGGCCCGGCCAUGGCGGAGGGAGAGCGGGCGGGGAACGGCGGCGGCGCCGGCCCCGGGCGGCCCCCGAGCCCUUCCGACCUCGAACGGGCCGAGGAGCUCAAGGCCCAAGCCAACGAGUUCUUCAAAGGCAAGGACUACGAGAACGCGGUGAGGCUGUACAGCAGCGCCAUCGAGCUGAACCCCUCCAACGCCAUCUACUAUGGCAACCGCAGCCUGGCCUACCUGCGCACCGAGUGCUACGGCUACGCCCUGGCCGACGCCACGCGCGCCCUCCAGCUCGACGCCAAGUACGUCAAGGGCUACUACCGCAGGGCGGCCAGCAACAUGGCCCUGGGCAAGUUCAAGGCUGCCCUGAGGGACUACGAGAUGGUGGUGAAGGUGAGGCCCAACGACAAGGACGCCAAGCUCAAGUACCAGGAGUGUCACCGCAUUGUCAAGCAGAAGGCCUUCGAGAGGGCCAUCGCCAGCGACGAGCACAAGCGCUCCGUGGUCGACUCGCUGGACAUCGAGAGCAUGACCAUCGAGGACGAGUACAGCGGCCCCAAGCUGGAGGACGGCAAGGUGACCUUGGCCUUCAUGAAGGACCUGAUGCAAUGGUACAAGGACCAGAAGAAACUCCACAGGAAAUGUGCCUACCAGAUCCUGGUGCAGGUGAAGGAGGUGCUGGCCAAGCUGCCCACCCUGGUGGAGACCACGUUGAAGGAGACAGAGAAGGUGACAGUGUGCGGGGACACCCACGGGCAGUUCUACGACCUGCUGAACAUCUUCGAGCUCAACGGGCUCCCCUCCGAGGCCAACCCUUAUAUUUUCAACGGGGACUUCGUGGACCGCGGCUCCUUCUCGGUCGAGGUCAUCCUGACGCUCUUUGGCUUCAAGCUGCUCUACCCUGACCACUUCCACCUGCUCCGAGGGAACCACGAGACGGACAACAUGAACCAGAUCUACGGCUUCGAGGGCGAGGUCAAGGCCAAGUACACGGCGCAGAUGUUCGCCCUCUUCAGCGAGGUCUUCGAGUGGCUGCCCCUGGCCCAGUGCAUCAACGGCAAAGUCCUGAUCAUGCACGGGGGGCUCUUCAGCGAGGACGGGGUGACCCUCGAUGACAUCCGCAAGAUCGAGCGGAACCGGCAGCCCCCGGACUCAGGGCCGAUGUGUGACCUGCUCUGGUCCGACCCCCAGCCCCAGAACGGCCGGUCGGUCAGCAAGCGGGGGGUCAGCUGCCAGUUUGGCCCCGAUGUCACCAAGCGCUUCCUGGAGCGGAACCGCCUGGAGCUCAUCAUCCGCAGCCACGAGGUCAAGCCCGAGGGCUACGAGGUGGCCCACGAUGGCCGCUGUGUCACCGUCUUCUCCGCCCCCAACUACUGUGACCAGAUGGGCAACAAGGGCUCCUACAUCCACCUGCGGGGCAGCGACCUCCGCCCCGACUUCCACCAGUUCACAGCAGUGCCUCACCCCAACGUCAAGCCCAUGAUGUACGCCAACACCCUCCUGCAGCUGGGCAUGAUGUGACCCCCCCGAGGGGGUCCCCACGACCCCCCCGGACACCCCAAAAAAAACCAACCCCGAGCCCCCUCCCCCCAGCACCCCCCAGGGGGGUUUUAAUAUAUUGGAA